UUGUAUUGUACGUUAUUUCAAAGGUAUUCGAACUGAACAUAACACGAAGCGAAUAAUAAUAAUAACCCAGCCGAAGGCACACAGAGACGAAGACGGGGUAUACAAGUGCCAAGUGUCGUCUGGGAGACGAUCUCGUGAGAUCUCGUUUGAAUUCGAACGCUGUGCGAUUGAUCAGCCAUAAAGCCAGACUUAGUCUGCUGUGUGUUCCCCGAUCGAACUGACGUGACAAUCACUCCCACUUCCAAAUAAAAGCAACUCCCUCUCUCUUCGAGCCGGUCUCGUGAGUGCAUAGAAUCUGGCUAAUAAAAGCACAAAAAUCUACGAUAAAAGGUUGACACUUUGGAAAGAAAAACAAACAAACAAAAACUAUAGAACCUGUUUCGAAAAAAUAAAAAAACACAAAACUCAAUCUGGAAAUGAGUCAUAUGCCGGAGACAACCUUUGCCGACCUGAGUUUGGCUGAUAAGACUGCGGUUAAAAAGCCAAGCAUUGAGGCUCGUCGAUUUUCCGAUGUUUCCACCUGUUCGUUCAGCUCUUCCUGCUUCACUGGCAGCUCCGAUGAGGAUGAAGUCUCACCCAAGGACAAUAAGCAGCGAAAUUCCAAUGGUAGCUAUGAUUUCUGUGUCAAGAAUAUUGGAAAAAAUGGGUUCGGUCGCCGGGAAAUUGAGAUUGCUGAAUCCGAAAUGCCUGGCAUAAUGAUGCUGCGAAAACGAGCCAAGGCGGAAAAACCUUUGAAGAAUGCCCACAUUGUUGGCUGCACUCAUGUGAAUGCCCAGUCGGCGGUGUUAAUUGAGACCUUGAUUCAACUUGGAGCCUCGGUUCGUUGGGCAGCUUGUAAUAUCUAUUCGACACAAAAUGCUGUGGCUGCUGCUCUGGCCGAAGCCGGCGUACCGAUCUUUGCCUGGCGAGGUGAGACCGAGGAGGAGUUCUGGUGGUGUCUGGAUCGUUGCAUACACAAGGAUGGCUGGGUGCCCAAUAUGAUUCUGGACGAUGGCGGAGAUGCCACACAUUUGAUGCUGAAGAAGUAUCCAGACUACUUCAAGUCGAUCAAGGGCAUUGUGGAGGAGAGUGUUACGGGUGUGCAUCGUCUUUAUAUGUUGUCCAAGGCCGGUAAACUUACAGUGCCGGCAAUAAAUGUCAAUGAUUCGGUUACAAAGAACAAAUUUGAUACCUUCUACACAUGCCGAGACUCCAUACUUGAUAGCUUGAAACGCACGACGGACAUUAUGUUUGGAGGCAAACAGGUUGUCGUUUGCGGCUACGGGGAUGUUGGAAAGGGCUGUGCCCAAUCUCUCAAAGGACAAGGAUGCAUUGUCUAUAUCACAGAAAUCGAUCCGAUAUGUGCUCUGCAGGCCUCUAUGGAUGGAUUCCGAGUGGUGCGUCUUAGUGAGGUUAUACGUAAUGUUGAUGUUGUCGUCACUGCCACGGGCAAUAAGAAUGUCGUCACUAGGGACCACAUGAAUCGGAUGAAAAACGGCUGCGUUGUCUGCAAUAUGGGACACUCUUGCUCCGAGAUCGAUGUGAGCAGUUUACACACUCCGGAGCUUGUCUGGGAACGAGUACGUUCUCAGGUAGAUCACAUUAUUUGGCCAGAUGGCAAAAUGAUUAUCCUGCUUGCCGAGGGUAGACUAGUCAAUCUUUCCUGUUCAACCAUAUCGUCAUUUGUGGUCUCUGUGGCAUCGUCGACUCAGGCACUCGCUUUAAUAGAACUCUACUCAAGUCCAGGUCGUUACAAGUCCGAUGUCUAUCUGCUGCCAAAGAAAAUGGAUGAAUAUGUGGCUAGUUUGCACUUGGCCACUUUUGAUGCCCAUCUCACAGAGUUGUCAGACGAGCAAGCCAAGUUCAUGGGCUUAAAUAAGGCCGGGCCUUUUAAAGCCAAUUAUUAUAGAUAUUAGUCAGUAUUUGCUUGUUCUUUCUUUUGUUUUAAAUUUGUUUUGUGUGUUUUUUUUUCUCUUAAAUAUUAUGUACCUAAGUGUAUAUGUUUAUGAAAAAUAUGUUUAUGUCAAAAUAUUAGAUCGGCUGGCACGACUCCGAUCGGUUUAUUUAAUGUUAUUAUAUAUAAUACAGAAAAUUUAAUGUAGAAAUAUUUAAAAAAAAUAUAUCUAAUUUCCAUUAUAUAUUAAACAUUUCUUAACUUAUUAGCUUAAAUAAUAAAGUUAAUAAUUUAAGUUGUGACAA